CGCCAUCACCGGCCGGGCGGGCGGGCGGGCGCGCGUCGCCGCUGUGGGCCGCUCCGGUUACCGGGGCAACCGCGGCGCUUCCUCCUUGUGGGCCGCGACCGUCUCUCGGCGCCAUUUUCAAACUGCGCUGGUGCCGGAGCCAUUGGGCGCAGCGGGAGGAGCCAGUGAGGACGGCGGGUCCCCAGGGCGAUGCGCCGCGCGGGGAAGCGGCGACGGGAACGGCGGAGCUUCUCUUGCAGUGAAACUUUGAGGGCUGUGCUGAUCCUCCCUCAGGACUUUGACUGUGGAGAGUGAGUAAAGCCGGCCUGGGAGACGAGAUGAGCACGGCCGCGGAAAGGAAGUACAUCAAUGUGAGGAAGAGGCUGGACCAGCUGGGCUACCGCCAGACUCUGACUGUGGAGUGCCUGCCUCUGGUGGAGAAACUCUUCAGUGAUUUAGUUCACACAACAGAAAGCCUACGGCAGUCCAGGUUGUCCUCGGCAAAGGCGGAAAAGGAAAGUGCCAACUUCGAUUUUGUUUUGGAGCCUUAUAAACUUGAGAAUACAAGACUGAGCAGGGAGAAUAAUGAAUUGUAUCUGGAGUUGAUGAAGCUGAAAGAAUGCUCAGACCAGCACAUUAAAGAGUUGAAAACUACAUUGAAAAAAUGUGCACACGAGACAGCUGAUCUGAAGUUUCUGAACAACCAGUACGUUCAUAAGCUCAAACUCCUGGAGAAAGAGAGCAAAGCUAAGAAUGAGAAAAUCCAACAGCUUCAAGAAAAGAAUUUGCAGGCUGUAGUACAGACUCCCGGAGGCAAGAGAAGAAGCAUUGCAUUUAGGCGCCAGCGGAUGCAAAUCGAUGAACCAGCCCCACCCUCUGAAGUCAGUUCAUACCCAGUUCCACAGCCAGAGGACCCAUAUAUUGCAGACCUCCUGCAAGUGGCUGAUAACAGGAUUCAGGAACUUCAGGAGGAAGUCCACCAGCUGCAAGAGAAGUUAGCACUGAUGGAAAACGGGGUGAGAAAUUACAGCCAGCAGAUUGAGCUAAGAGAACGAGAAAUAGAACGACUAUCACUUGCUUUGGAUGGCGGCCGUUCCCCUGAUAUCCUGUCUCUGGAGACUAGAAAUAAAACCAAUGAAAAGCUUAUCGCUCACUUAAAUGUCCAGGUUGACUUCCUUCAACAAGCUAAUAAAGAGCUGGAGAAGCAUAUUCAAGAGCUGGUGGAAACCAAGGAAACAGUGACAAGUGAAGUUGUGAACCUCAGUAACAAGAACGAAAAGCUCUGCCAGGAGCUAACGGAAAUUGACCAGCUAGCGCAGCAGCUAGAAAGACACAAGGAGGAAGUGCUGGAGACUGCCGACAAGGAGCUCGGGGAGGCAAAGAAAGAGAUUAAAAGAAACCUCUGUGAAAUGCGGAACCUUGAGGAAAAAAUGGCAAAACUUCAACUGGAAUUAGACUUAUGCCACAAGGAAAAGGAGAGGCUAAAUGAUGAGCUCCUUCUGAAGUCAGACCUGGAAACUGUUGUUCAUCAGCUUGAACAAGAAAAGAACAGACUUAGCAAAAAAAUGGAAAGUUUUGCAGUCACAGAAAGAGAACUGACUUUGGAAGUUGAGAGGAUGAGGCUAGAACAUGGGAUAAAACGUCGAGACAAGUCACCCUCUCGUUUAGAUACAUUCCUGAGAGGCAUAGAGGAGGAGCGAGACUAUUACAAGAAAGAACUGGAAAAACUCCAGCAUAUCAUCCAGCGGAGAACUUGUUCUGUAAAUUACUCUGCCCGGGAAAAGACCUCGAUAUUCAAAUGCUCAGAAAAGGGCGAUCACAGCUCAGACAUUCAUCUGAUCUCAAGAGAACGAGAUGAGCUCCAGCGCAUGCUAGAGAGAUUUGAAAAAUACAUGGAGGAUAUUCAGUGCAAUGUGAAGCUGCUCACGGCGGAAAGGGACAAACUCAGUGUCUUGUAUAACGAAGCUAAGGAAGAGUUGUGUGCACUGAGACAGGAUUCUACUAAUGUGACAGUCCCCAACAGUCUUGUUAGUUGUAUGGAGGAGAAAGAGCGUGCGUUAUCUGACUUAAGAAGAAUCACAGCAGAAAAGGAAGCUCUGCGAGAGAAGUUGAAGAAUAUCCAAGAAAUGAAUGUUUUUGGAAAAUCAGAAUUAGAGAAGACUAUUGAACAUUUGACAUAUAUGAAUCACCAGCUCGAACGUGAAAAAUAUGAAUUGCAAUCUAAAAUAUUAAUAAUGAAAGAAACAGUAGAGUCAUUGGAGACCAAAUCAAAACUCCAAGCUCAAAAGCUUAGCCACGUGGCUGGUGACUCAUCUCAUCAGAAAACAGAGAUGAACUCUCUUAGGAUGGUAAAUGAACAGCUGCAGCGGUCACUUGAUGACUGCCAGCACCGACUUUCCAUAAAAAGAGGUGAACUUGAAUCCGCCCAAGAAGAAGUUAAAGUUCUGGAGGAAAAACUAGAAAAACUAAGCUGUAAGAUAACAUCCCAAAGUGAAGAAGCUCACGCCUUGAAGAAGACCAUUGGCGUGAUUGACAAAGAGAAGGACUUUCUCCAGGAGACUGUGGAUGAGAAGACAGAGAAGAUCGCCAGCCUGCAAGAGAGCCUCACCAGCAAAGAGAAAGCUAUUGCCCAGGUGAAGGUCACAGUCGCAGAGUAUGAAACAUCUUUGAACCAGCUAAAGGACACCUUGGCUAAUCGAGACCGAGAGAUAAACAGCCUCCGACGGCAGCUCGAUGCAGCUCACACAGAGCUGGAGGACGUUGGGAAAUCUAGGGAGAUCUCUUUUAAGGAAAACAGAAGGUUACAAGAUGACCUGGCCACGAUGGCAAGGGAAAACCAGGAAAUCUCAAUAGAAUUAGAAACAGCAGUACAGGAGAAGGAAGAGAUGAAGAGCAGAGUUCAUAAGUACAUCACGGAGGUGUCACGAUGGGAGAGCCUCAUGGCUGCGAAGGAAAAUGAAAACAAAGACUUGCUAGACAGAUUCCAGAUGCUUCACAACCGUGCUGAGGACUGGGAGAUCAAAGCCCAACAAGCUGAAGGGGAGAGCAGCUCAGUCCGCCUGGAGCUGUUGUCCAUCGACACCGAGAGAAGGCACCUGCGAGAGAGAGUGGAGCUCCUCGAGAAGGAAAUCCAGGAGCACAUCAAUGCACAUCACGCUUACGAGUCUCAGAUCUCAUCAAUGGCCAAAGCCAUGUCUCGGUUAGAAGAAGAGCUGCGACUUCUUGAAAGCGAGAAAGCAGCAGUGAUAAGUGACCUGUCAUCUCUCCGAGAACUUUGCAUUAAGCUUGAUUCUGGCAAGGACCUCAUGACCCAGCAGCUGAAUUCCAAAAGCCUUGAGCUGGAGAGGGCAAUAGCAGAAUUAGAAAAUGUAAAAUCUGAAUCAGAACUGUUGAAAAAACAACUGACAAGUGAGAGACAGACAAUUAAAAAUCUGGAGUUGUUGUUAGCUACAAACAGAGAUAAAGAGUUUCAUUCCCAUUUAACCUCGCAUGAGAAGGACACAGAAAUCCAGCUGCUGAAGGAGAAGCUUAACCUCUCCGAGAGCAAACUAACUACCCAGAGCCGAGAAACCGCUAUGCUUCGAGCUAAAGUGACACAGUUGCAGGCUGAUUAUGAUGCUCUGAAAAGGCAGAUUUCAAAUGAGAAAUAUGAGCGAGAGCGAGCAAUCCAGGAGAUGCGCCGGCAUGGUCUUCCUACGUCACCUCUGAGUUCUACUCUGAAAUCUCCUAUACGGUCUCCUGAACAUAUAAACGCAUAGUUAUCAGAGAGCUAUGUAUCAGAUACUAAGGACAGAUAAUGGUUUUCAGUGAGUUCCCACGUGGAUUUUUGUAAGAGCACAAGAGUAAUGAAAUAUUUGAAGUACUUGUUCCUGCGAAUCAUGAACAGUGACACAGAUUCUACCUCUGUCAACCUUUAUUUAAAUCAGUGGAUAUUUAUGUAAAAAUGUUUAGUUUAGAAGAGCUCUACAUAUAUAUUUUCAUAUAUGUGAAAAACAAAAUGUGUAUUAAUAAUAGUGCUUAACUGAUGUGAUAUGUGUAUUUUAUUAUUCACAACUAAAAUUACUCCUUAAAAUGUAUUUAUACUGUGAAUUAAUUUAAUAUACUCAUAUUAUGCUUUAAUAAUCUGUUUCUUAUUGAGCCAUAAUAUAUGCAUGUAAAUAUUCUUCCCUUAUUUGGAUGUGCUUGGUUUUUAUACCUGUGUGUAUAGCCUGUAGCAUGAUCAGCUAAGAGAAUGGUCCAUUUGAUGCUUUUCUCUUAGGUAGCAUCAAUCCACAUUUGCUGUCUGUCAUCCAGGGGAAUAUAUUUAAAGAUAGUCUUAAUAGAGUCCAUCAGGGAAGUGUCAGGCAAAGCGGGAGGAACAGGAAACUGGGUGAUCACAUCUUUACUACAGCACAAAGAAGAAAGUGAACAGGAAGUAGGGAGAAACUGUACUCUGAAAGCCCUUCCCCCAGAAACAUACUUGCUCUGGUAAGUCUGUUCUUCCUAAACCUCCCCAAAGUGUUCAAGUAUCUCAGCCUAUGGGGUACAUUUCUCUUUCAAACCAACAUGUUUUGUAAAGCCAAAAAUUUAACUGCUAACAUUUCUCUUUUUCCUGAGAUGUUUUUAUUAUUUCUGAAGGUUCAGAUUUACUGGAGAUCAAUAAGUUCAGCUACUUUCUCGAAAAUCAUUUAUAUUACCAUCAACUUUGAAGAACAUUACCCUGUAUGUAGAAUCCUAGUCUGUAGGACAUUUCCUCCAUCGAGCCUUUUAAAGAAAUAACUUUGUUAUGUACCUAGUGACCCCACUGGCAGAACUCUCGAUAAAGUAGUUAUUGCCAUGUGUAAUUAAUUAUUCCAAUCUGGAAGAACUAUGGUGGAAAAAAUACAUUUAUCUAUGAUAGACCUUAUUAUCUUGGCUCUUCACAUGGUACAAUAUUUUAUUAGAAUUAAGUUAAAAUAUAUUCAAAGUUUUGUUAAAUAAUAAAAUGGAAAUUUGGGGGCAUUUUUAACAAAUUAAAUUCCUCAACAUACUAGUCUAAAAUUUCAGAAUAUGAACGUAUAUAAUGUAAAUGUAGAAAAAUAUUUUUGCUAAAAGUCCAAUGUGUAUCUGAUAAUACCUAUAUGUGGCCUGUAACCAUGUGUAAUGUAACCCAGUCUUUACGAAUAGUAUGUAAACACCAUUCCUAUGGCAUAUAAACUAGAAACAGCUCCUUAGAAAUUCACUUUCAAGGCUGUCAUUGUAAAGAAUUUAGGUGUAUGCAAACGUUAAGGAAAGAGCAGAAGUCCAAAAUAGAGUGUAAGCUACAAAUACUAAUCGUGUUUCAACUGCUCACCUGUGAAGAAAAUCCUUUUCAAACUAGAUUUCAUUAUGACCGAGAAAGAAUGUCAGAGUCAGCAUAGACAGGCGAGAGAUCAACCACGAACAACAUGUUUGUUUCUUCUUGGAUAACUAAAGUGGGUUUUGUGUUCAUGUCCGAGGAGGCAGGUAGUGUUCUUGUGUAGCUAGUGCCUGGGCGUUCAGGACAUGCCCCUGGCAAUUGUUUACUUCGUGUUUGAGUGCAGGACAACUUACUCUCCACCAUCUUUGGGGUUUUAUCCAUUCUGUCUCCUUUGAGUAAAUUCAUGCUUUAUAGCGAAAUGCCAAAGGGCGGGGUAUAUGCAGUGUCGGUGGAAAAUCUUUCAGUAAAUACACAUAAAAAAAAUUUGUCCCCACCCUUUCCCCCAAAUCAGCAGCAAGACACACUUUCGUUAGUGUUCAUUUUUAAUGUUUUGUGUAAUUAUAAAUGUGUCAUUCUCAUAAUUGUUAUUUUAUAACCAUCAUGCUACAGGUUUUGAAAAAACGAUUUUAAUUUAAAGUACUGUGUUUUUUAUAGAUAUUUAUACUUUUGUUUUAAAUAAUUUUAAAUCAUGGAACUUGACUAUAGAUUUAGCAAUAAACAUACC